UGUAUCCGAAGACCAGUUCUUCUCCAGGAUUUGUUUCAUUUAUUAUACUUCUAUCUUGCUAUUUUCUUGGUCUUUCUUUAAAAAAAUGGCCUCUCUCCAUUUAUGCAUAACCGCUGUAGUGGUCGUCAUUUUCUUCGCCACCGGUAAUGAUGCUCGACCACAACUUCCCAGUAUUCCCAGGGAAUUUCAGAAUAUCAAUUUCGAGCAAUACUUGAGGAACGAACGUGCCAUGAAAUUUCAACUAAAAUGUGUUAUAUACAACGGCCCAUGCGACACGAUUGGAAAAUUUAUUAAGCGAAACAUUCCCAUCUAUCUCAAAACACAAUGCAAGAAUUGUGAAGAUGAGCAGAAAAAGUUGGCCGGUAAAUUUAUCCUCUUCCUCCAGGAAAACUAUCCUCAAGAAUUUGACGAUGCUAUUGCCAAAUAUGGCAAAACGGACUACACCCCAGAAGAAAUUGAGCAAUUCGAGAAAGAAUUAGGAGUAAAAAUCAUCCGCGAUAAGAACGCUCCAACUCGACCCCCUGGAACCAAACCGGACGUUGACGGACUCGUUAGCUUAGUAAAGGAAGGUGUCAAUGCAGCUCUGAACACUAAAGCUCCACUUAUCUUGGGCCAAAUCGGGUCUGGAACAACGAUCGUCGUUGCAAAGGCCACCGUCCCACCACAGUUGGCGCAAUACACCACGACCACUGCUGCAUCGGCCUCUUCUACGACCACGACCACUGCAGAAGCGUCCUCCUCGUCCUCCACCGCAGAAUCAGUCACCACCGCCGUGGUAACCGAAUCCGCGCAGGAGGAGUCUGCAUAAAUUAAAUAUUAUCGAUAAAAAUGCAAUCUUGUAAACUUGUACUACUCAUAAAAAUCUGUGAUGUCUAUUAUUUCUUGACUCGGUAAUAAAACCACUACUAACAACUUGAGAAAA